CUCCAUCGCCGGCGGUGACAAACACAGCCAACAAACCCGUGAAAUGAAUGGUAUUGAUCGUGCGUUUAUUAAAACGACGACCGCGUGUUGCUGCUGGAGAUCUUAAGUGAAGUGAAACCGCUGCUUCCGAUCUGAGGCCAUGGCGGGGUCUGGGAGUUCCAUGAUGUAUUCCUUUCUUCUAUUCACGGUCAUUCUCUCGCUCCAAGAAAUGUACCGUGGGAAACUAGCAUCAUCAGAAUUAUUCACUAUACUUGGAGGUUUCAUCAGCUCUCUCCUAUUUCUUGUGCUCCUAACUUUCAUUGGAAAUUUUCAGGAAACAAUUGGUGCAAGAACUGGUUGGGGUGCCGUCUUAAUCGCAGAAGCAGUUGCUCUGAUUGCUGCAAGUACUGUCCACCGAGUUUGUAUCACUACAUGUUUCCUGUUCUCGGCUGUGUUGCUGUAUGAGGUUAACAAGAUCUCUGGGUCAGCGGUUUCAACAAGUGACUCCAGAACUAAAAAGCAAAGUGGAAGAGCUUAAUCGUAUGCAUGCUUAUUACUAUAAAGGCAUCUUUAGAGAAUUUUCCCCCGGAGCAUUAGUUUUACAACCUAGUAUCAUUAACUUAAAAGAAGAGUGUUUUAUAUUUGUCUGAAUUUUAAUUGUACAAUUACAGUGAUGUGAUUUGAAAGAUGUGCAUUGAACUAAAAGCCAAUCAGUCAUUUUUUUCUCACAGGUAGCCUCGUUUGUUUACUUCAAAUAGUGAAAUGCCAAAAUGAGUUGAAGAGGAAUCUGAACUUUGAUUGAU